AUGCAGGUGUCGAUAUUGCACACCGAAGGCUUUGCAUAUAUUGGAGCCAAAGGAGAUAUAAAAGUUUGGAAUCCAAACGUUGAAUUAGAUGACGAAUAUUCGACCUCCCGAGUAGCUCUAAAAACCGGACCUGCCAAUGAAUUUGAAGCUGUUGAAAGUGGCUGGGCUGUCAAUCCCAGAGUAUACGGAGAUAGGCAGACACGAUUGUACGUUUAUUGGACGGCUGAUGGGUCAGUAAAAACAGGUUGCUUUGAUUUGACCUGCCCAGGUUUUGUCCAAACCAGCAAUGAAAUAGCUCUUGGUGCUGCCAUUUACCCAAUCUCAAACCCCACUGGACUUCCUUACCAAAUCACAGUUUACCUCUACAGAGAUCCCAACACAAGCAACUGGUGGCUUCAAUACGGGGAAAGGAUCAACGUCGGUUACUGGCCGGGCGAUCUUUUUGCCGCGCUUAGCCGCCAUGCGGAAACCGUGCAAUGGGGCGGAGAGGUCUACAGCACGAGAGUUGGGACGCAGCCCCACACGAAAACCGAGAUGGGUAGCGGCGAGUUUUCGGACUUCGUAAUGCAAAACUCGGGCUACAUAAAGCGGAUGAGAGUGCUUCAAUACGACCUCGUCUUGAAGUUUCCACAGUGGGUGUUUAUGUACGCCGACGAGUACAAUUGUUACAAUUAUUAUUUCCUUUCCGAUUACGUAGACGAUCCCGAGUUCUACUAUGGAGGGCCGGGUAGGAGCCCUAUUUGUCCUUGA